AUUGUGGCAGGAGAAGCUGUGCCUCUCUCUCCUCUUGCUAGUUCCUGUGCUUUGGAUACCAGGGGUUGAGCUUCCUGAGAUGUAGCUGCUGCUGCCUGUAAUUUGCAAUCGCAACAGCCUCUGCUGUGCCCAGAGGCCUGCCUGAGCUGUUCUGCUGCCUGACCCCAGGGAGAGAUCUCACAGCAAGGCCCUGUUCCUAGCCAAGGUGGGGCCUGUCUCUGGCUCUGACUAGCCCUAGGGAGACACAGUGCCCUGACAAGUUGAGGAAUAAAUAAGACCCACCUUUUGAUUGUUUCAGGGGGACAGAAAAGAGAAAUGGCUGCACCGGAGCCAGCUAAGGUCCCGGUGACAUUUGAGGAUGUGGCUGUGUAUUUCUCUCGGGAGCAAUGGGGCCUUUUGGACGAUAUGCAGAGGGCCCUCUACAGGGACGUCAUGCAGGAGAAUUACCAGACUCUGGUCUCACUGCGAUCUUCCAUUCCCAAACCCGACGUGAUUUCCCAGCUGGAACGAGGGGAAGAGCCCUGGGUCCCAGACCUCCAGAGCUCCCAGGAAAGGGAGGUCCCAAGAGGUGCCCGAACAGCAGGGGACGACGUCAUCGCCCAGAGGAAUCCCGCAGGCGAUAGGCCGACCAUAUGCAAUGAGUGCGGGAAGAGCUUCAGAGGGAGCUCAAACCUCGUUCAGCAUCAGAGGAUCCACACGGGGGAGAGACCUUACAAAUGCGCAGCCUGUGCGAAGAGCUUCCGCCAGCGCUCGCACCUCCUCCAGCACUGGAAGAUCCACACGGGGGAGAGACCCUUUGAAUGCCCCGACUGCGGGAAGAGCUUCAGUGUGAGCUCCGCCCUCAUUAGGCACCAGAAAACUCACACGGGCGAGAGACCCUACGCAUGCACCGAGUGCGGGAAGAGCUUCAGCGUGAGCUCCGCCCUUACUAGGCACCAGCGCAUCCACACAGGCGAGCGGCCCUACAUGUGCGCCGAGUGCGGGAAGAACUUCAGUGUGAGCUCCCACCUCGUGCAGCACCAGCGCAUCCACACGGGGGAGCGGCCCUACGUGUGCGCUGAGUGUGGCCGGAGCUUCAGCCAGAGCUCCCACCUCCUCCAGCAUCAGAGGGUCCACACAGGCGAGCGGCCCUACGAAUGCACCGAGUGCGGGAAGAACUUCAGCCAGAGCUCGGACCUCAUCAAACACCAGAGAACCCACUCGGGAGAGCGACCCUACGAAUGCCCUUGCUGCUUUAAAAGCUUCACCUGGAACUCAGUGCUCAUUAAACACCAGAGAGUGCACAUGGGACUGAGACCCUAUGAGUGUGGCCAGUGCGUGGAAAGCGUCAGCCCUCAUCAUCCCUCAGAGAAACCACACACGGCACAAACCCCACUGAUGGAGCAUCGGGACACCAGCCAGUGUAAUGCAUUUGCUCCUAUGAGCAAGUCACUUCAACUCUCUGUGCUGCGUCUUCCACCUCUGCCUAAAGGAAAAUGGGAAUAAUGGGAUCCUCUGGUCUUUGCUUAUAGGAGAGGGCUCUGCUCACCCAUCACCAGCUGGGACUUUUCCUGGAAUUAUAGGGUUUGGGAGGUUUCUUUUCCUUUUACUAUAGAGUGGGUUGAGUGCCGUUUCUGGAAAUCCAGGUUUAGGAGAUUUUCCAGUGAGUUUGGUUCCAGUUUCAGUGAAGUCUUUAUUUGUUGCUGCGGGUCCUUGGAAUUUGGGUUUGAAAUGUUAAAAAUUCUCAAUAAAAGUUUGCAUUAAGAUA